CCUCCCGCCGCGGCACUCGGCCUGCCGGGCGUCGGCUCCCCGCCCCGCCCCUCACCCCGUCCCGCCUCGGCCCCGCGCCCGUUUGGUCGGGGCCUCGCGGGAGAGACGACGACGACGACGACGCCGAGGCGCCCCCCGGGCCCCCGCGCCGCGCCGCCGCCGCCGCCGCCAUGGCCAUGAGGCAGACGCCGCUCACCUGCUCGGGCCACACGCGGCCCGUCGUGGACUUGGCCUUCAGCGGCAUCACGCCCUACGGCUACUUCCUCAUCAGCGCCUGCAAAGAUGGAAAACCCAUGCUACGCCAGGGGGACACGGGAGACUGGAUUGGAACCUUUCUGGGCCACAAGGGCGCCGUGUGGGGCGCGACGUUGAACAAGGAUGCCACGAAAGCGGCCACCGCGGCCGCAGACUUCACCGCGAAAGUGUGGGAUGCUGUUACUGGAGACGAGGUGAUAACUCUUGCUCAUAAACACAUCGUCAAGUCUGUGGAUUUCACACAGGAUAGUAACUACUUGCUAACUGGGGGACAGGAUAAACUGUUACGCAUCUAUGACUUGAACAAACCUGAAGCUGAACCUAGGGAAAUCAGUGGUCAUACCUCUGGUAUUAAAAAGGCUCUCUGGUGCAGUGACGAUAAACAGAUACUUUCAGCUGAUGAUAAAACUGUUCGCCUUUGGGAUCAUGCCACGAUGACUGAAGUGAAAUCUCUAAAUUUUAAUAUGUCUGUUAGCAGUAUGGAAUAUAUUCCUGAAGGAGAGAUCUUGGUAAUAACUUAUGGAAGAUCUAUUGCUUUUCAUAGUGCAGUAAGUUUGGACCCAAUUAAAUCUUUUGAAGCUCCUGCAACUAUCAAUUCUGCAUCACUUCAUCCUGAGAAAGAAUUUCUUGUUGCAGGUGGUGAAGAUUUUAAACUUUAUAAGUAUGAUUAUAAUAGUGGAGAAGAAUUAGAAUCCUACAAAGGGCACUUUGGUCCUAUCCACUGUGUGCGAUUCAGUCCUGACGGAGAACUCUAUGCCAGUGGUUCUGAAGAUGGAACGCUGAGACUCUGGCAGACCGUUGUGGGAAAGACAUAUGGGCUGUGGAAGUGCGUGCUUCCUGAAGAAGAUAGCGGUGAGCUGGCCAAGCCAAAGAUCAGUUUUCCGGAGACAGCAGAAGAGGAGCUAGAGGAAAUCACUUCAGAGAAUUCAGAUUCCGUCUAUAGCUCAACUCCUGAAGUGAAGGCCUGAGCGCCAGGCAUGUGCCCCAGAGAGCAUCCAACUUACGGACUAAAACAAGCAAGCAGAGAAAAGCAUCCGCCUUACAGCGUGCAUUCACGGAAGGCAACCCUGAGCAGCAACUACUGAGGAAUAUGGAGUGGCUCCAGAGCUGGGACUAACUGGGCGUUUCCUGUAUGGGUGACCCCAAGAGCACGCCAUGAAGACACGUGCAGGUUUUGCUCUUGAACUCCGGCGGCCUGUUGUCUUUUUAAUGAAUAUGUGCAAGCCAACAUCCCAUUUCUCUUAUAUAAUUAGAUUUCUCGUAGCUGUUUAUGUUAUUAUGAGGAAGAAAAAUAUAUUGGCCUAUUUUUCUGAAUUUUCCCUUAAAGCAGAAAGCCUUUUUUUUCCUCUUUUUUUUUUUGCGUUGGUUGUAAAGAAGGAGAUGUGAUAUGAUAAAGUAAUUGGUUUGAUUUCUCUUUCAUUGUACACUGCUUCUGAACAUCUAAUUGUUUUUAGUUACCUAAAUAAAAAGCCUCUAAAACAAAAUAAUGUUUGUUUCUUGGGAAAAGUUGAUAAAUUUGAAUUUUAUAAAUGGAAAUAACAAGAAAGAUUUUCUACAUCAUGACAUAGCAAAAGACAACUUGACUAACGAUGAAUCUGUUGUAAACGUUGUUUCCUAAAUUGGAAAUUUUAUUACUGAAUCAGGGACAGAAUUUUUGAAAUGUGCUUGUCCUUUACUAGGAUUGCAGCCAUCUUCCUGCUGGAUUGGACAGAAAUGGUUAACUUGUGUUUUUAAAACCCUUCAUGGUAACUGUUUAAAUGGUACAUCCUAGUAGGAAGGAAAACAUAAAGCAGCUGAAAACUACCACAAAAAUCUUACCACCAAAAAUCGAUUAAAAUUAAAUGAAAACUAAUGCACACACCCCUCUGAGUCUGUGUGCAGAUAGGAAAGAUUUUAUGAAUGUGGAUAAUUGUAGACCUCUAAUGUUUGUUACUUUGUCCUUUAAGUUAGGGUGGUAUUCAGGCCUUCUUAUCAAUCUGUUAAUAAAAUGAAUCAACUAAG